AAAAUUCGUUUAACAGUCGUUGAGUGAUUCUUGUUAAAUUUCACGUGUUAUCCGAAUUUGUCAACAAAUAAAUGUAAAUUUUAGAAGAGAAGAUCGUUAAAGAACAGAAAAAUGCAGCAUGAUGAUGUAAUCUGGAGCAUCAUCAAUGGAUCAUUUUGUUCCUUCAAGACAAGAGCAAAGACACAGAAAUUUUGUCGGAAUGAGUACAGCUUGACAGGGCUGUGUAACAGAUCGUCUUGUCCCCUUGCUAACAGUCAAUAUGCCACUGUUAGGGAGGAAAAUGGUGUGUGUUUCUUGUACAUGAAGGUAGUUGAGAGGGCUGCAUUUCCACGUCGCCUCUGGGAGAAAGUAAAAUUAUCAAAUAGCUAUGAAAAAGCUCUCAAACAGAUAGAUGAACAGUUGAUGUACUGGCCAAAAUUUGUUAAACACAAAUGUAAGCAGAGAUUUACAAAGAUUACACAGUAUCUGAUCCGCAUUAGAAGACUUACCCUGAAAAGACAGAAAAAGUUAGUUCCCCUUAGUAGAAAAGUGGAGCGGCGAGAGAGGAGACGUGAAGAGAAGGCGCUUGUUGCAGCCCAGUUAGACACAGCAAUAGAGAAGGAACUACUGGAACGAUUAAAACAAGGAACAUACAAGGAUAUAUACAACUUCCCACAGAAAGCUUUUGACAAGGUGGUAGAAGGAGAAGAAGUGGAGAGUGAGAGUGAAUCAGAGAAAGAAGAUGGAGAGAUGGAUGAAGAUUCUGAGGACGAAGUCGAGGAGGACAUGGAGGAAGAAUCAGAUUCUGGUGAAGUGGAGUAUGUAGCCGAGGAGGAAUUUGAAGAAAGUGAUAUGGAGGAUAUAGAGGACAUGGAUAGAUUACAGUCCCAGUCAGAGAGCUCCUCAGAGUCAGAUGAUGACCAGAAACCAUCAACAUCUAAACAGAAACGGAAACCACGUAGAAAAGUUGAGAUUGAAUAUGAACAUGAAAUAGAAGACAUGUCAAAUUCUAAACUUAAAACUAAAACUUGAUAUGAAAUUCAUUGUAGAAUUAAUUGUAAAUAAAACUGAUCUGGAAA